UGGUAGGCAACUUGCCCAGCGCCUAGGACUGCCAUGCCAUUUGCAUUGACUCAGGGACUGGAGCGAAUCCCAGACCAGCUGGGCUACCUGGUGCUGAGCAAAGGUGCAAUACUGGGGUCGUCCGGGAACCUCGAGGACGAUGAGCAGGUAGCCAGUGGCAUCUCCGAGCUGGUCAGCAUGGCCUGUGGUUUCCGGCUGCACCAGAGCAUGAACGUCCCCUUCAAGCGUUUGUCUGUGGUCUUUCGAGAACACACGCUGCUGGUGUUGGGACAGAGGGUGUUUGUGGUGAAGAGGCUGAACCGAGCCCGGGGAGCCCAUUGCCGUCUGAGCCCGCCCAGGCGUGAGGGGCCAAGCAAUGGAUGGGGGUGA